AUGGAGUAUUCUGCCACAGCUGCUCAACUCGGUGACUUACUACAUGCUUUCGACUAUUUGGAGAUGCUAGAAGAAACCCAACGUGCUCAUCGGAGGAGACUACAUGCCUUGGAGAAUGCUCUGCAAGCUAUCGAAACAAUAAAUUCUAGUUUGGGCCAUGGCCAUGAACAUAACCAAGAUAUGAUUCUACCAGACCUCGAAACUUUUGAUGAACGUCUUCAAGAAGAAGAAGAAGAAGAGGACAAUGACCAGUUUGAGAUAGUAGGCUCUUCCUUGAUGCCAGAGUCAGCUAGGCCAGCCCUUCCUCCACGAGGUAUCUCUCUUGUUGUCGACGAGAUUGACGAGAUAGACGAACCAAUCCUGGAACGCUUGAGCCCUUCACGUUCAUAUCGCCCGGACUUUGAACUAUUGGAGUCUGUUUCUUCAUACCAUCACAACAACCCAUACCAUCACCACGACCAAAACGAUCACGACCCAACAGACCCAACCGAUAUCAUGCUAAGCAACGAAGAUCGCAUUAUGAUUGACUGGUACGAACAGCAUAUGAGAAACAUGCAGGAAACAUCCUCUAUACCAUCUCCACGUAAUAGACGAACUCGACAAAACAACAUUUAUAGAGGUCUAGAUUUGAAUGGCAAUUUUAGUGACGAUCAAGGAGAGAUUGAUUGCCAGCAUGACGACGUGUCUAAUUUAGAUGAGAAUGGGAAUCUACGAGCUGAUGUGGAUGACAUGUACCGGCCCUUUUCUAUCGAGACCAAGAGCAAGCUCACAAGUCGUUUCACACGUUUGGAAAAACGUCCACCUUGGCAAGCACGUGAUGGACAAUGCGUUGGUAGAUAG